UAGAACGCAAGCCCAAUCACUGUUAGCCCAUCUUCAUCGCCGUGGAUCGCAUGCCACGCUUCCGGCUCAAAACGCUGCUUUUCCCUCAUGAUCGUUCUGGUUACGCUCUUCUCCGGUCCCCGCCUCCGCUCCAUCUCAUUGUCACAGCUUCAACGCUAAAGACAAACCCAUCACGUACUUGACGAGCGGCCGACAGACCACGAUCCCUCUUCCAAACUCUCGAGUGCGCCGAAUAGAAAUGCCAUGAGGGACCAAAGCGCCAUGGCCAGCGACAAGUCAUUGAACGUUGGUCGUUUGGAGGCCGUGAACAGUAUAGCCAGUACCAACACCUCGGAUCUGGAAACAAACCACUAUGACCACCUUACUCUUUGGCAGUCCAUCAAGAAGUGGCGUCGCGUCGUCCUUUACUGCAUCGGGAUGACCUCUGCCAUCCUCAUGUACGGUUAUGACUAUGUCAUAAUCGGUACCACAUCAGCCAUGCCCAGCUUCCAGCAAGAUUUCGGCCAGCGCCUGAACGGCAAAUGGAUCUUGCCAUCCCUCUGGCUUGGUCUCUGGAAUUUCGUGAGCCCGGGUUGCUCCAUGAUCGGUUCUCUGAUCGGGGGCGUCUUCCAGGACAGAUACGGCCGCCGAGCGUCACUCGCUAUCGGUUCCUUCUUGUCGGCGAUUGGUGUAGCUGUCUGUUUCGUCUCGAACCUAUCCCCCGAUAUUCACACCCGCCGCGGCGUCUUUCUUGCAGGCAAAGGGUUUCAGGGCGGGGCUAUCGGCAUGGUGAUGACCACCUCCCAGACGUACAUGUCGGAGAUCCUGCCGCCCAACCUCCGGGGACCACUCCUGGCCUUUUUCCCCAUCUUUACCUUGCUAGGACAGCUCACGGGAGCCGCCGUCAUCUUUGCGUGCAUGAACAUGGAAAACGGUUACACCAUUUGCUUUGCCUCGCAGUGGCCGUUCUCCGCUCUCCCGUUGUUGAUGGCGUUCCUCAUCCCCGAGAGCCCAACGUACCUUCUUCGCAGGAACCAGGACGCAAAGGCCCGUAAGGCUCAGGCGAAGCUGGACGUGCCAGGCGCAGACCCCGAGGAUUCCCUCUACACCAUUCGCCGGAAUAUUCAACAUGAGAGGCAGCAGAACAAGGCCACCUACGUCGGCUCCUUCCGAGGCGUCAACCUUCGGCGGACCUUGAUCAUCAUGUUCGCCAAUUCGCUACCAAACAUGUUCGGUCUCACCUUGCUUGCCAAAUCCAGUUACUUCAUGCAGAUGGUCGGCAUGAAGGCCAGCUUGAGCGUCAUUGUCCUCAUACUCGGUAUUGUCUGUGGACUUGUUGCAAACAUCGUCAGUAUCUGGGUUCUCUCAAUGAUAGGACGCAGGCGCCUUAUCAUCACGGCCCUGUCGCUUCUAACCCUCGUGUGGACCGCCGUGGGCAUCGCUGGAUGCUUCUCAGGCCCUGUAACCGUAUGGUACACUGCUAUGUCAUUGAUAGCGGUCGUCAUCGUGGCAGGGCUGGGAGUGUGGCCCGCGUCGCACGCCGUGAGCGCCGAGACAUCAGCACUCCAUCUGCGCUCCAAGGCCCAAGGGAUUGGCUGGUUCACUGCCGGCGCGAACAAUGCCAUCUUCGGUUUUGUUCUUCCGUACAUGUUCAACCCCGAUAAGGGCAACCUUAAAGCCAAGACCGGUUUCGUGUUUGCCGGACUAUGUGCUCUCGGGCUUGUGGCAUCCUUCUUCCUCGUGCCAGAGAUGAAGGGACGAACGCCGGCUGAAAUUGAUCGCAUGUUUGAGUCGAGGCUACCGGCAAGGCAGUUCCGACACUGGACCAACCCAUCCACGAGGCCGGAGGAGAAAGAUGCGGCUAGAGCCGAACCCUCUGUUGUGUAACGCUUCUGUUGUUUUCCCACCUUAUCCUGAACCAAGUUUUCUGCACUUCUUCCAUCCCUGGGCCAAGCCACGACCAGGCUGCGACUCAGGCCACUCGCCUCAACCCGCAGUGAAACUUGUCUGCAUGCACAGCCCACGCGCGUUGGUUUCCGUCCGAUGAUGAUAUCUGUUCGCCAAGAUUUGCGCACAAGCCCUCGAACGGGUUGUCUGUGUCCAUCAGCUCACGUUCAACGGCGGUCAAUCAAUGUUUCCAUUUGUUACGAUAGGAAUCGACCGACUGCUUUCUCGGGAAAGAAACCAAUUUAUUUAUCGCGUCCAUUUCGCAGAGGCAGGCAAAAUCUUAUAGGAGAUCGGCGAUGAUUCAAGAGCAUCGUUGCAUUGCAUAUCGCUCCUGACAGCGCCAAACCUGUACUGCUGUCCGCGCGCCCGAACAUGGGAUCGACAUCGUACGUAUCAAAGUCCAACGGCGCAUGUU